CAUCUACAUGUGGAUUCUAACAGUGAAAGAGAAGCAACGACUUAAAAAGACUCGGGGUGUUGGUUUGACAGUUCAUGGCAUGCUUAAACAUGUUCAACAGUGAGCAACAAAGCUUUUACACUUCCUCUAUUGACCCAAGAAUCUCCUUCUCCAAUGAUUUUGUGGAUGCACAACAAGCCAUCAAGUACGAAAGCAGCUAUAGAGAAGCACCGGUUUCCACAGAUUUCGAGUUCUCGGUGAAAAACUACUCCAUGAUUCCUGCAGAUGAAAUCUUCUUCAAGGGCACGAUGUUGCCUUUGAAGGAUAACUGCACCAACAGCCAACAGCGAAAAAUGACCUUACGAGAUGAAUUACUUGUCGAUGAUGAGCAUAAUGAUGCCUUCCCAACACCAAAGAGUUCAGGCUGGUGGAAGGAGAAGCUGAGGUUAAAGAGGGGUCACUUUACACUUAAGAAAAGUGAUAGGAACAGUGCGGUUUUGGAUAGAGUUGUUGAAGAGAGGCCUGUUUUUGUUCAUGAAGGAGGACUAACUAACAAGAGAACACAGGAAGAGUUGAUUGAAGGAGGGAUAAGUUGCGAAGACAGUGAAAUAUAAUGCUAUCCACAACGAAAGAGGCAAAUUUUUUCGAGGGAGGGAAUCGUUGCUGUGAUACUGCAACAGAGCUGGGAUUUCGUUGACUUGCAAUCUUUUGUUUUAGUUAUUUUUUGUAGCUUUACUUUUUCAUUCGACUCAAAAACAGCAACACGUCUCCCUUGUACCCCCCCAUGGAAAGAGUGGUAUAUGGCUGUUUUGCUAUGUACAAAUGUUUGCUGCUGAACAACUUCCACUAAAACAAGUAGUAUUUAUAAAUGUAACCAUCGGAUUAUGAUUUCCAUUUACUAACAUGAGCUGCGCUAUUCAAGUCUUA